AUGUGGAUUACAGACGCCUGCAAGGCUGUCGUGUUAUCCUUCGUGGCGGUAUUCCACUACCCGUCCGUCUCAGACCAGGGGCCUCAUCAAGAUGUCAUGACCUUCACUCACGGACACUCCACGCCAGAAAUUGACUACCCGUAUUUCGACUCACCAAGUGGUCCUGAUCAGGACGGCAAGGUCUUCACAUGCAAUUACACCGACCUCAAAGGCUGGAAGCCAUGCACAACUAAAGAUGAUCGCUCAUGCUGGUUGAAGGGUCCAUACGGGCAGAACUUCACUACUGAGACAGAUUAUGAGAACUUCUGGCCUAUUGGAAUAACAAGAGAAUACCAUCUCAAUGUCACUGAUCAAGCCAUCAAUGGCGAUGGUGUUGAUAAUCCAUUCGGCAAGGUCUUCAACGGCAAGUACCCCGGCCCUUGGAUCCAAGCCUGCUGGGGCGACCUCAUCAAAGUCACCGUGCAUAACCAUCUCAAAUACAACGGUACAACUAUCCACUGGCACGGUCUUCGACAGCUUGAGACCUUUGAGAUGGACGGUGUCAACGGCGUUACUCAAUGUCCCAUUGCGCCUAAGGACAGCUAUACUUACACUUUCCGUGCUGUUCAAUAUGGUACAUCGUGGUAUCAUAGCCAUUAUUCUCUGCAGUAUGCUGAUGGCUUGGCUGGCCCAAUCACUAUUUAUGGGCCUUCUUCUGCGCCGUUCGAUGAGGGACGAAAUCCAAUUCUCAUCACAGAUUGGAGUCAUCGUAGCGCGUUCCAAUCGUGGCAGAGAGAGCUUGUGCCGAAUCCGACAAGACCUAUGAUGAAUGGUGUUUUGAUCAAUGGCGUGGGGAACUUUGCUGGCAGUUUCCCUCGCGAGCGCUUCAACAUGACAGUUGACAAGGGCAAGAAAUAUGUUCUUCGUGUGAUCAACACGUCUGUUGACACUACAUGGAUCUUCAGCAUCGACAAUCACAACUUCACUGUUAUGUCGACCGACUUUGUGCCAAUCCACCCCUACUCAGUCUCUCACCUUGUCCUCGGAAUCGGUCAGAGAUACCAUGUUGUGCUAGAUGCCAACCCCGUCAACACUACGAAAAUGCCUGCAAACCCAGACGGAAACUACUGGGUCCGAACCGUGGGAGCAACUGGCUGCAAGGGCUUUGAGCCAGGUAAUGAACCUGAUGAGCGUCAAGGCAUUCUACGGUACAAUGCUUCGAGCAAACUUGUUCCCACAACAUUCCGCGUGAACUACUCGCUGGAAUGUCGAGAUGAGGCUUAUGAUAAACUCACCCCGAUUUGGAAGUGGAAUGUCGAUCCCGUCAAGAUCAACUACACCGAGAGCCAGUUCGAUAUUGGUCAGUCCAAGUUCGCUCAUAGACCUGAGUUGAUGGACAACUUCACCUGGUGGGCCUUUGGCGAGAACCCUCUCUGGUUGAACUUUUCCAACCCUACCAUUCUGAACCUCAAGAACACGACGUGGAAUCCUGACUAUGCUGUUGAUCUCGUUGUACCUGACUCUAAGAAGGAUAAAUGGGUCUACAUCGCUAUCACGGCCCCUCCGGCUGCCAUAGUUAACAAACCCAACAGAGGAUUUCUUCCUGUCGCUCAUCCUCUUCAUCUUCACGGCCACGACUUCGCCCUUCUAGCGCAAGGUACCAACUUCUCAGACCUAGAUACAGGAAAGGUGAAGCUCAAAUUCGACAACCCUCCUCGUCGCGACGUGGCACUUCUUCCAGCUGGAGGAUACCUCAUCAUCGCUUUCAGGGCCGACAACCCGGGUUCUUGGCUGUUCCACUGCCACAUUGCUUGGCAUGCUUCCAGUGGUCUGGCGAUUCAGAUCCUGGAGCAACAGAAGUUGCUGAAUAGGAUCUUGGAUCAGUAUCCCGAAAAGAUGAAGGAGGUGAAUAGGGUCUGCGAUAACUGGAAUAAGUGGCUUAAGAAUGAUACGAACCUUUGGAAUCCCCAUCUCUUCCAGGAUGAUUCGGGUAUCUAA